AUGGAUAUCAACAGUGGUAACUUCUCGCAAGAACUCAUCAAAAUAAUCCAACAUGUCGCCAAUAGCCGUUUCAUCGCCUUUGAUCUAGAGUUCUCAGGUGUUGCGGCGAGGAGGGCUGGCGCCGGUUCGGGCAAGCUUGAUUUGCAUCAAUAUUACCAAGAUCUGAGAUCGGCGGCACAGAUCUAUCAGGUCUUACAAGUCGGGAUCACUGUUGUCACCGAGGAUAUUGAGGAAGGACGAUAUGAAGCUCGGCCCUAUAAUUUCCAUCUCAGCCCAUUGCCCGCAACAAAAGAAUCAGUCUUCGCUCGGGUGUGGUCAUAUAACAGUGGUGCAAUCUCUUUCUUGAUACGCCAUGGCUUCAGCGUCGAUAAACCCAUUCAACAGGGUAUCCACUACCUUUCUCGACAAGAGGAGGAUCAAGUGCGCAAGAAGCUAGUCGAAGACGAACAAAUGAGAUCGAAUAUUCCUGACAUGAAACUCAAGGAAGAAGACUCGUCUCUGGUGGAACAUAUCAAGCAGUCCAUUGACGAGUGGCAAGCCGCGUCCAAGGGCAAGCAGGAAGCCUAUCUCAAUAUCCCUACAGAAGACGCCAAAGAACCGAUACCUUCUGAAUUGAAUCGCUACCAGGUCCGGUUGACCCAUCAAAUCGUUAGAAACGAAUAUCCAAACCUCAAGACGCAGGGAAUGGGUCAUUUUGUCCAAGUCACCAAUCCUACUAGCAAACAGCAAGCUAAUGAGAAAAGAGAACGUGAACGAAAGCGUGAGAUAGAGGUUGAGAACGCUAUCGGAUUCCGCUGGAUAUUGGAGGCCAUUACCGGAGGUGAUAUCUCUAAACUUCCACACUACUACGUCGUUGCUGGGUUUCCACCAGAAGAUCAACCAAAGGACGUGCAAGCUUUUCUCAACCAGCUCCAGACGACAUUGCAAAGCCGGUCACGAGCGCUAGUCGGCCACAACUGCUUGACAGAUGUUAUGAACCUGUAUCGCUGUUUCAUUGGGGACCUUCCCGAGAAAGUAGCAGACUUCAGUGCAAGGCUGCGCGAGUUGUUUCCCAUCGUCAUCGACACCAAAUAUGUCGCUGGCCUGGGCAACAAGCGAUGGGCCGACACAUCUCUGAGAGCUGUUGAAAGCGACCUGGCUUCGGUGGCACUACCCAACAUACAUUUACCGCUCAAUUUCGACCGAUAUGUUCAUGUCGCCAACUACCAUGAGGCUGGUUUUGACAGCUUUGUAACUGCCAAGAUCGGGUUGAAGUUGCCCACCAAAUUGAGAAGAGAGCAGCAAGAUUUCAAAUCAUUGGUUGAAAAUCCUGGUGGCAUAACAGAAGAGAAGACAAACGCUACAUUACAAGAUACGGCCCAAACAACAACUGAGGUCCAGGCGGGAGAAGAAGGCCUGAAGCAAGGCCAGACGCAAAGUUUCGUCGACAUGAUCAAAGCCCCAGUAACGACCGUUAGGUCUGGUCUGACAGGAGCACUGAGCGCGGUUGGACAAGGGUCGAAAACAUCUGUCACACGACAGCUAUCAUACAUAGAAAGAGACGAAAAAGGGGUUGGCGAGAGAGUUGUUGCAACGAAGGCGAAAUCAAAGCCACCUCCAGAAUCCAAGAAUGAGAUCGGGAAACUGAGGGCAAUAUCCAAGAAAGUCAACAUCUUCGACAUGCUAGAAGAUAAUCCUGCCGAAACCUCAGAAGAGGAAUCGAAGAUCCGUGAACAACAGAGAAUAGCGGACUUGGUAAAGGAAGGCCGACUGCUACCAAGAUGGGAAGAGAAUGCGGAGCUUUGGCAGCUGAUCAGCAACAAGUUGCAGGUGAAUGCCACCCAGGAGGGUAUUUUAGAUCUUACGAAGCGUUGA